AUGGCGGGAGACGAGGAUAUGCGGAUGCGAUCUGUGUCGAGGUCGGGGAGUAGAGGGAGGAGUCGGAGCAGGAGCCAAUCACGGGCGAAGAGCAGGAGCAGGAGCCGAUCGCCUACUACACGCACGGUAUUCAUCAAGAACCUAACUCGCAACAUUGUUCAAGGCCAUUUGCGGGCCGUAUUCUCUCCGUAUGGGGACAUUCGCAAGAUCCACAUGCCAACCCACCAAAAGUCGGGACAGACCAGGGGCAGUGCACACGUCGAGUUUUUCGAUUCGCGAGCGGCCAAGACGGCGGUGAAGCACAUGCACACGGGGCUGCUCGACGGCGCUACCCUUGCUGUGGAACUCUCUGACCCGCCUCGCUCGCCAUCGCCGCCUCGCAGACCAUACUCUCCCCCCAGACGCAACAGACGUCCCCCUUCCCCCAUCCGCAAUAGGCGCCUGCCUCCACCUGCCCGUCGCCGCACUCCUCCGCGGAGAUUCGGAGUCGCAGCAGGAGCAGGAGCCCCAUUAGGCGCCGGAGGUCCUAUACUCGCUCUCGGAGUCGCACUCGCAGCAGAUCCUACACUCGCAGUCGGUCCAGAUCUCGUUCCGUUUCGUCGUACACACGCUCGUCGAGAAGUGCAUCCAGGUCCAGGAGCAGGUCUCGCUCUCGCACCCGCUCCCGUUCUCGUUCCUACACCCGCUCGCUUACGAGGUCCAGAAGCCCCAGCAGAAGCAGGACAAGGUCUCGCUCCCCCGUUGCUCCAGCGCACGCUCGAUGAUAAUGACUCGAAUAAACAAAUCGAUCCAUUUAUUGUGUGA